AUGCCGGCAGUUCAUGACCUCUGCGCACGAAUUCAGAACGGAUUCCGAGCACAAUUAAGAUCGAUAUCUGUACCCGAUAAAAAAAUGAACCUUGCCAUAUGCAACGCUCUUUACCGUGAAGGUUUUAUAUCCUCGGUCACUCGGGGCGAUCACCGGGGACCGGAUAAAGAGUUUGUGCCAAACACACCGGAGAAUAUAGCUAUGCGUCGGUUAUGGCUUGAAUUGAAAUACAGGCAGAAUGAGUCGGUCUUGAGGAGAAUGAGCUGUGUUAGUAAGGGAUCGAGACGCGUUUAUAUGAAUGUGGAGGAAUUGCAAAGGUUUUUAGCUGGACAGCGAGUGGAUUUUGUGGGUGGCUUGAAGAUUGGAGAGGUCGCUAUUAUUAGCACUACGCUUGGAGUCAUAAGUGUCCAUGAGGCAAUAGCCUGUAAUCAAGGCGGAGAGGUGUUGUGCAGAAUUUGGUGA